AUGGAUACGUUACUCACAGAGCAGGCGCAGCAUCCAUCUUCCCACAACGCUUUACCGCCGCCGCUCUCUGGGAUCGCCAGGUUCCCGGAAGAGCUGUGGAUGAACAUCAUUGAUUUUUUACAGGACGACCGCAAGGCUCUCCGAGCGUGCAACCUAACGUGCCGUGCAUGGGUAUCAUCAGCGCGCCGCCAUCUCUUCCGCUCAUUCAAAGUGCGUUGGGGUUCCGAUUGUGAUCAUCUUGGGUCUCUUAUUGAGAGAGGUCUUGCGCCUCUCAUUCGUGAUCUCACAAUCGAUGUCCAAAUGAGUGCGUAUCUGACAUUUCUGGACGACCCACUUCCCGAAUUGUUGCAAGAAUUGUCGGCGGUCGAAGCCCUGCACUUCAAAUUCCUCAUAGGCUCAUUUCCGUCUUGUAUUAGCGCGGAGACUGCACAGACUAUCCUGACCUCGUUCCCGGCGAUGAAUACCAUGACAGUAGAUGGUUGGGUCUGGCCGGCAGACUCUCUCAUCGCGACCAUGACUCUCCACGCAGUGACUGUGCAUAUGUCCAGAAACCGCGUGGAUGAUGCGCUACCGUUAUCUCAAGCGCCUUCUGACUCAGAAUGUCCAGCGGACAAAAUCAUUGAGAUUUCCGAGCUUGGAUUCGCCGAUUCGGCGUCCGGGGACAAACUUCUGACUGGCAUCCUGGUAUACCUGCUAUAUGCUCCUUUCAAGGUCAAUGUUCGGAGGCUCGAGUGGAAUAGUCACGGUUCUCAGGGAGCUCAGAAUAUGCUUGCACAUGUACUGCACAGGGCUGAUACUUUGCAACACUGCCACAUCGCGUUUUCCUGUUUAGCAGGACCUAGACAAAUCCGUUAUCUACCUGAACCGAUGGCUGACAUUCGGUUUGCACAUCUCAUAUCGCUGCACCUCCAAUAUAACAUGGACUACUGGCCGGGCCCCAUGCACGGCUGGGGGCCCUAUAUCAUCUCUCAGGUCCACUCUCCGCACUUGCAGGAACUGCGGAUCACCUUCCAGGGCCAUCUCGCUGACCAGUUCCACGGCACGUCGUGGGUGUUUGAUUGGGACACAUUCGAUGGGGAGCUCGGCCGCCUACAUGCGAUCAGUGCUCGGUUCUUUGUCCUGUUUACCUUGAAGAUUAGAGAUCAGGAUAUGGCACUGUGGGAACGCUGGGUGACUGAGGCGAUCACGACACGCUUGCCCCGUGCGCGAGCGAGCAGAGUGCAGGUUGGACUGGCAUGUCCCAAUUCGCCCCUCCCAGAUGAUUCUGCUUCUACAGGUGCGGGAGAGGACUCGAUGAGCACGCAGUGGUUGUUGUGA